AUGGAUAUGAUCGUUUCCGUUCUUGGAGAGAGGCAGCAGAUGUCCUUGUUUCACUUCUUGAUCGACGAGAUUCACUCUUCUCCCAGAUCCGUCGUGCUAGAGCAGAGUUUUUUGAUCAUCCAGAUCCUCGUCAGGCUCCAACUGCUGAAACGCGUCGAAAUUACCGCUCAUCAAACAGGUUACCGCCUGAAGAAUCCCGGGCCGAAUCAGCGAGCACAGCAUACACUUCCAAUCCCAAUGCUAGUCACACGCGUGUUCGCCAACGUCCCUGUCGCGACAGACAGCAACCCUCCCUACCCGCCCACCUACCAACACAACCGCCCACGAAUCCCUCGCGUAGCAGCGCAUCCAGUUCCAAUGCUAAUUACACGCAUGCUCGCCAAGGCUCCUAUCGCGACAGAAGACAGGAACCCUCCAGUCCCCCACGCCAACCAACACCACCGCCCUCGACUCCCUCGCGUACCAGCAGUUCCAGUUCCAAUGCUGAUUAUGCGGGCUCUCGCCAAGGUUCCUAUCGCGACAGAGAGCAACCCUCCAUUCCUCCGCACCCACAAACAACACCAGCCUCGACCCCCUCGCGUACUAGCACCUCCAAUAGCAACCCUACUUAUGCGCGUGUUUGUCAAGGUUUCUAUCGCGAAAGACAGCAAGUCUCCGUUCCCGCUCAAUCAUCAAGAGCACCACCCUCGACCUCUUCGUCUACUACAGAACGUCGGCAGGAUUGUCUCGAUGCCGCAGACCAACGCCACCCCCCACCAAACAAGCAGACCAACGGUUCCGUAUCUCUCGGCGAUGCCACUUCAUCGAAUCCCCCUGCCCCACCCUCUCCUACAAACCCAGUAUCGGAACCUUCUUCCUCAGGCCCAUCUACGUCAUCUCCAGCUGCACCGUCGCCGUCCCGAACUCAGAUUCUAG